CCGCAUUUGGCAAGAUAAACCCCCACAUUCCUAGAUGAGGAAUCGGUCUGUUCAUCCCAACUUCUCAAAAGGAACCAUGACGUGACGAUGGAAGAGAAAUCAGCGUUCAUUUCUGUUCGAAUAGAUGCGCGAAUUUCGUCGGCCCACUUCCAAUGCCUUCUGUCAACAUCGAAUCCAACUCUUCGUCGGUGAAAAGGGCAAUAAUGACGAUGCUUGUGUGGGAAUGCGACUUGGCAAUUGAUUGGGGGAAUAAUCAUUUGCAUGCUUCCCCGAGACUAUUUAAAUGCAUGGAUACCCAUCCUUAUUGGGGGCUCGGAUCGCCUCAACUGCACUUCUCUCUCAUUUAACACAAGAUGUUUGGCUCCACAAAGCGAGCUGCUUUGGCAGCUGCAGGCCUUCUGACGGUAUUUGGAAACGGCCUAUCAGUCAUGGCGCAGGACUCUUCCAGCGACGCGGUUGUCGUGGACGGUAAGACCUUCACCCUUAAUGGCGAGAAUGUCUCAUACCGCUUCCGUGUAAACGAGACCAAUGGCGACCUGGUAUCCGAUCAUUUCGGUGGUAGCAUCACGGGUGACCUGUUUCCAUCAUCUGGGCCUGAGGGAGUUGGCGGUUGGGUCGGUUUGGAGGGCCGCUUUCGCCGUGAGUUCCCAGAUCAAGGCCGAGGAGACUUCCGUAUUCCUGCGGUUCGAAUUCGCCAGUCCGAAGGCUACACUGUAACCGAUCUGCAGUAUCAGUCUCAUUCAGUGAUUCGGGGAAAACCUGCCUUGCCGGGUCUGCCUGCGACCUACGGUACUGAGGAGGAUGUCACGACCUUGGUGGUACAUCUGUACGACAACUACAGCUCUAUCGCGGCCGACUUGUCAUACUCCAUCUUUCCCAAGUACGACGCGAUUGUACGGAGUGCAAAUGUUACGAACAAGGGCACUCAAAACAUCACGGUCGAGGCCCUGUCUAGUUUCAGCGUCGAUUUCCCUUACGAGGAUCUUGAUAUGAUUAGCCUCAGAGGUGAUUGGGCGAGAGAAGCCCAUCGCCAAAGGCGAAAGGUUGAAUAUGGAACUCAAGGCUUCGGAAGCAGCACUGGUUUCUCUUCUCAUCUACACAACCCCUUCCUUGCGUUAACGCAUCCCUCCACAACCGAAGCUCAUGGCGAGGUAUGGGGAUUUUCGCUUGUCUACACUGGCUCAUUCGCCGUAGAUGUCGAGAAGGGAUCCCAGGGUCUCACACGCGCACUUCUGGGAUUUAAUCCCAGUCAGCUGUCUUGGCAGCUGGCCGCCGGUGAAACGCUCACCUCUCCGGAAUGUGUUUCAGUCUACUCAAAGGAUGGUAUCGGCGGCAUGUCUCGCUCGUUGCAUCGCCUAUACCGCAAUCAUCUGAUCAAGAGCAAGUUUGCCACGUCGGACCGCCCCGUGCUGCUCAAUAGCUGGGAGGGUCUCUAUUUUGAUUUCAACGAGAGCAGAAUCUAUCGCCUAGCGGAAGAGUCGGCCGCGUUAGGAGUGAAACUCUUCGUGAUGGACGACGGUUGGUUCGGCGACAAGUACCCACGCACCUCGGACAACGCCGGUCUGGGCGACUGGGUGCCCAAUCCGGACCGUUUCCCCGAUGGCCUAGGUCCUCUGGUACAGGAUGUCACAAAGCUGAAGGCGGCGAACUCAUCGACCGACCUCCGCUUUGGUAUCUGGGUUGAGCCAGAAAUGGUCAAUCCCAACUCGAGUCUAUACCGUGAACAUCCGGACUGGGUGCUCCAUGCCGGUCAAUACCCACGCACCUUGCAACGUAACCAGCUCGUACUGAACCUUGCUUUGCCCGAGGUGCAGGACUAUAUCAUCGAUUCUGUUACCAACAUUCUGAACAGCUCAGCCAUUUCCUACGUAAAGUGGGAUUUUAACCGGGCAAUGCACGAGUCAUCCUCACCCAGCAGUGACCAUGCUUACAUUCUCGGCAUGUACCGCGUAUUCGAAACUCUGACCACGCGCUUCCCUGACGUCCUCUGGGAAGGUUGCGCCUCAGGCGGUGGACGCUUCGAUCCCGGUGUGCUCGAGUACUUCCCCCAAAUCUGGACUUCUGACAACACUGAUGCCCUAGAACGCAUUACGAUCCAGUUUGGUACCUCGCUGGCAUACCCACCCAGCGCAAUGGGUGCACAUCUCUCCGCAGUGCCGAAUGCACAGACAGGACGCACCAUUCCGGUAGGUUUUCGCGGUCACGUCGCCAUGAUGGGCGGAUCAUUUGGUCUCGAGCUUGACCCAGCUGAGUUGCACGAGGACGAGAAGGCUGAAGUCCCUGGACUCCUCGCUUUGGCUGAGAAGGUCAACCCGAUCGUACUGACUGGUGAUAUGUGGCGUCUCAGCCUGCCUGAAGAGUCCAACUGGCCGGCGGCGCUGUUCAUCUCGGAGGAUGGCAAUCAUGCAGUCCUCUUCUAUUUCCAGCUUGCCGCUAAUGUCAAUCAUGCUACUCCUUGGAUCAGGCUGCAAGGAUUGGAUCCCAAGGCCUUGUAUAGUGUCGAUGGAAGUGGAUCAUACUCUGGUUCGACCUUGAUGAACAUGGGCCUGCAGUAUUAUUUCAACUCGGAUUAUGGCAGCAAGGUUGUGUUCUUGGAGAAGCUGUAAUGGGGAACGAAUGAUGUGACUAGAGACGAUAAUAAUUCGUAUGCCAAAUAACGAAAUGAUGAAUGAUUACUUAUUCUUCUUCAAUACUCCAUUUAAAGCAUGGAACAAUUCCUCGCUAAGUAUAU